UACGACUACGGGUCGAUGAUUUUCGUUGAUGACCAGCUAACUGGUUUGGAAACAGUAGUGAACAUAAAAGUUGCAUUGCUUUAUGAUAUUGUGACAGAUGUCAUAAGUCAUAUUAUUAAACACAUUAUUUAAAAAUGUCUGACACGCUUAAAAAUGAAGAUAGGUUGGGAGCUGUUCUAGUUCAGGUUCAAGAUGAUUUGAGACAACUCAAAUGCAGUCUUGAGAAAAUCACUGUCGGCAAGAGGAACGAAACACUGGACGUUCAAGCCCUGGACAAUGCCAUUCGCAAGACGGAAAAUAGCAUCAGGAAACAUGCAGAGGAUUAUUUGAAAACAGUGAAUAAGCAGCUGCUGGUUCUUCCAGCCAUUGAAGACUUACGCAAAAAGACUGUGCAGAUUCCCAAAUGGAAACCUUCUCUGGAGAGUAUCCCAGAUGUGCACCCACAAAGGGAAGACCUUCCAAGGGCUUCACCUCAGGAAAAGCACAAGUCAGCAUUAGCCAUGCAUUUGCAGUGUAAUCUCACUCACCCAAACCACAGAGCCAUUAUGCACCAGAAAUGUGGGAUAUCCUUCCCUGAUGUCCACAAGAGGAGCACAAAUGUAACAAAACAUCACAGAAUAAUCACUGGUCCUGUGAUGAAUCUUGAAGCCAUUGAGCCAAGGGGCCGUCACACUCUGACGAAACCUGAAAAGAACACGGUGACAGAUACGAGUUGGCUUCAUAUGUCAAUCCAACACAAAGCUGCUUCUCUUCACCCUAGAGAGGAUUCAUACUCUUUUAAGAUAGGUCACCUGAAGUCCAGGUUUCAUAAGCAGCUGAAAUGGAGAACAGAACCUAGAUCCACCUGCAACAUAACAGGCAGGGAAUACACACCUCUCUGGACCACCAAGACACCACCUCCCUCUGCAGCCUCAAAGAGCAUGGAUCACCAGAGUAUGAUGCAAGGCAGCACUGGUCUUAUUCUUAAAAAUCCUCAGAAUCUACCAGUGCAAAUUCCUGGAAGUUUCAGAAAACACACCUUUACCAUCAUAAACGGAAAGAUCAACCCAGUGGCGGUAGAUUUCUGUCACUUCAAGCAGAGCUUUAGCUUGUGCUGGAGCAGUGUGGUAUAUGCUCUGGAGGCCCUGGAAAAGCUGCUCCGGGAGUUUGCUGUGCCUCUAGCCAAAGUGAGAGGGGAACAGCUGGUGGAGUUUGGCCAUGCUUGGGAUAAUGGCUGGAACAAGGCUCCUCCAGUUAUUGACCUCCUCUCAGUACUUGAAAACUGGGAGGAGGUAUUGAAUCUGGUGUCACGCCCAGGCCAGCGCUACAAGGGAGAGGGAGGCAUUGAGGCAGCUGCCAUCCACAUCCAGUCCUGCUGGAGGCGCUAUGUAGCUCGGACAGCCUACCUGUGCCACUACCGGCGCAAGUGGGCAGCAGGGAUUAUCGCCAUCUCAUGGUUGAUGCACACUCAGGUGCAGCGUGUCAGGAAGGCCCUGCAGGCCCGGCGUUUUAGACAACUGGAGAAUUUUCGCAGUAGAGCCCAGCAUCUGGCAGCCAACUGGAAACACAUCCAGUCCUCCAAGAGGACCAUUAUCCACAUCCCUUCAUUAGGAUAUUCUCAGAGCCAGCGACUGAACUUGAGGGGAUUUGACAUCCUACAGAAUAUCCAAAUAAGCAGACUGUGUGAUGUUAGAGAUGAAAAUGUGGAGGUGAUCUAUGUGUGCCCCCGACAUCUGGGGGAGGACAUCUUGCACUAUUACACCAGCCUCCUGAGGUGUGAUGGAGCCACAGAUGGGUUUGGUAGACGCUUUAUUAUCCUUACACCUGAGGCUCUAGAUUAUUUCCCGACUUAUAACAUGUGCCUGUCUACGCUGCUCAAGUACAGUCCACGCACCCUCAGACGCAUCAGGAACCUGAUUCAGGGUAAGCAGGCCUAUAUCGUGGGUGGAAUGGCCCAUGUGGAUGAUCUGGCAGUGGCAGAUGAGCUGGGAGUGCCAAUCCUGGGUCCAGAACCGGCCAUUGCACAGCUUUAUAGCACAAAGUCUGGAGGGAGGAGGAUCUUCACCGCGGCAGAGGUUGAUUUACCUCCUGGUCAAGGCGACAUCUUCUCACUAAACCAGCUUCAUGAAACACUGGCUGAGCUUAUGACUCAAAACAUUCAUGUACAGCGCUGGCUUUUCAAGAUGGACUCUGAGCAUGGUGGCCGUGGUAUUGCAUACUGUGAUAUAUGCCAUCUUAACUGCUAUAAUUGGGCCCUGCAGGAGUACCAUCGUUAUGGUCCUGAGCUAUGGAACACAAAAUGGAUUCAGGAGUCUGUAUUGCCCAGGUAUUUAGAUGAGAUCCCAGAGUGGCUGGCCCGUCAUGCCCGGCCUACUAAAACCUCCUGCUAUCCCAACUGGACUUGCUUCCUGAAGACCUUCCUCAGGCAAGGUGGUGUGGUGGAGGCCUACCCCCCUUCAGACAGUAUCACCUGUCUGACAGUAGAUCUGCUGCUGGUGCCUGAGGUUGAGGUGACCAUGUUGUCCUGUGGAGACCAGCUUCAUGGCUCCUGUCAACUGGAAACUAUAGGCUCUACUGUUCCCCAGACCUCUGUACACCCAGAGACCUUGCACUCCAUCUGCAUGCGUGUCGGCCAGGCCUGUCUGCAGCGCCUUAUCAUAGGCUAUGUCUCUGUGGACCUUGCUACCUUUCUGAACCACAACACCAUGGAGCAGAAGGUUUGGGCUAUUGAUCUGGACCUCACAUACAGUGAUCAGUUGGCCAUGACCCAGAUGGUUUUGAUGAUGACUGGAGGAUCGCUGAAUUGCAGCACAGGCUGUUUAGAAGUGCCAAUGCCAAUCAGAGAGAAAUGCUGUGAACAUCAGAUUGCACCCAAACUUCCUGUGGUUAAUUGUUACGCAGUUAUUGGGAGUCAUUUGUUUCACUCUAACCUUUCUAUGCUCUACCAUCAUGUGUUCUUUAAGAUGUGCAAGGCUCAUGGCAUAAGAUUUAACAUGAAGAAGAAGCAAGGCACUGUCUUUGCUCUUUAUGACAGCAGUGAGCGAUGUAGUAUUGGAAUGAUAACGGUGUCAGAGGAUCUCCAGGGAGCUCUGGUGACCUUUGCUCAGAAUCUGUCUGUCAUUCAUCAGGAAAUAUCAUCUUCUAAAAUGCAAGGAGAAACCAAUUUCAAGGACCUGAUCAAGAACAUAAAAGAUGUAGUGCAGAUGACUGUUCAGAACAAGCUGCGAGCAGUGGAGCACAAACCUGCUGCUUAGACAGCAGCCUCGCUGAUAACCUUGCCUUACUCUCAUCAAGGAUGGCCCGGUUUGAAUAUACUGCAAUCUGAACAGUCUCCACGACGCAUAGGACCACACACUGGCAUCCCUUGUUUGGCCUAUGGCAUUGGUUGUUGGAUGGUGGUGGGAGCUGCGGAAACAGUGCAGACAAGUGUUGGACCUGUCACAG